AUGACUAUGGCUGAGAAAUUCAUUUUUAUGUUCAAACUGCUCGCCUGGGCACCACCUGUGAUCCUCGGGCUUCUUCGGCAACGCGUUCAAGCAAUUAUGCACCGCUGGACUUACCGUGCAGUACAGUGCCCAAAGGACAUCGUUAUCAUCGGAGGAUCAUUUGCGGGCGUGAGACUCGCCAGUCGUCUGGCCAAGAGUGUUCCCACAGGGUAUCGAGUGACUCUAAUCGAAAGGAAUUCGCACUUCAACUACCUCAUCAACUUCGCUCGGUACUCUGUUCUUGCAGGGCAUGAAGAUUAUGGGUUCAUACCUUAUGAGGGAAUUCAGAAUGGUGCUCCACAAGGAGCCUUUCGUUACCUCCAAAAUAUUGUGACCGGCAUUGAAGACGGAAAAGUUCAUCUCAAAUCUGGAGAAACCGUUGAUUUUGCGUACUUGGCGCUUGCGACGGGGUCACAACAGGCUUAUCCGGAGCGACUUGUUGCUACAGAGAAAGAGGAAGGAUGCAAGAAAUUGCAAAACAUGCAAGAAAGCAUACGACAAGCGACCCGUAUUGCGGUUAUUGGAGGAGGGGCAGUAGGCAUUGAGUUGGCAACGGAUAUAAAAAGCUUCUAUGCAGGGAAGGAUGUCACGAUUUAUCAUUCUAAAAACCGGUUAUUGUCGAGGUUUGGGCCUAGACUGCACGAGCAUGUCUUGACAACCUUACAGAAAGCAGGUAUACAUAUUGUUCUCCAGGAGAGGCCCAAAAUCCUCGAAGACGACAACAACGCAUUGCGUCUUUUGAGUGGAAGAAUUGAGCAUUACGACCUUGUCUUACCUUGUACCGGGCAGAAAGCAAAGUCAGAUCUUGUGCGAGACUUAGCCCCAGAGGCUGUUUGCAAGGAGACGAAACAAAUCCUGGUGCGGCCAACCCUACAAAUCGCCACAGGUGAAGGAGAAGGCAAAGACAAGUUCGCCAACGUCUUUGCCCUGGGAGAUGUUGCUGCCACUGGUGGUGCCAAAAAUGCACGUUCAAGUUUCUUUCAAACAGAGAUUGUGGUGAAGAAUAUUCUCGGAAUGAUCAAGGAAGACAUUGCAAAGAGUUUAUAUAAACCCAAUACCGCCUUGGAAGGUGCUAUUAUGUUGACACUGGGACAACAAGACGCGGUUGUGUAUCUUCAAGAAAACAAUGGAGCUGACAUAUUGAUGCCUGUGAAGUUGAGAAGCGAAGAUUUGUACAUCAAGAGAGCAUGGGGAGAGAUGAACGUCGAUUUCCCAGAGAUUCCGAGAAUAUCUAAAGCUCACCAUCUUCAACCAGCCAUGUCGACCAGCCAGGAAAUACCCGUGUCGGCCAACGUGUUGGGGACAAUCGGGACCGUCUUAUGGUGCGUCCAAUUGGUUCCUCAGAUAUGGCAUAACUGGAGACACAAAAAAACGGACGGGUUGCCGGCGAGCAUGAUGCUCCUAUGGGCUACUUGCGCGGUUCCAUUUGGCGUCUAUAUGAUCCUCCAACUCUGCGAAAUUCCAUAUCGCAAGGGUAUCACAUGGCCAGCCUUGAUUUUCGGUGUUAUAGCCGCUCUCAUGCUGGCAGUGGGAUUUGUUCCCAUUUACUUGGAGAUCUGGUCACGAAGGGGUCGGGUCAUAGGAGUCACUGCAGAAGGCUCCUUUGAUAUCCUUGGCGGAAUACUUUACAUCAUCGUAUUCCUCGCCGAAUUGGGCAUAUUUGUCAGCCAUAUAAUCUGGCGUUUCCGACACCGCAAGCUGCUCAAAACAGCCAAAGAAAGCGGGAAAAGCGUCGACGAGCUGCUGCUUGAACAAGAACGACAGCACAACAACAGCAAUGAUGAAAAGCAAGAUUCGUUGACUGUAGCCAAUGCACCAGUGCAAGUUGGCGGGGACGAAGGGGCAACAAGGAGGGACAAUUCAGAUCUAGAGCGAGGACCUGGGUAG